AUGGAGAGUGGAACGAACGGAAACAUCUCUUCCCGGCUUCACCUGAACAACCGCAUUAACGCGAAUGACAGGGUUGACACCUAUGGGUUUGAGAGGCCUGAGGGUUAUGAAUCCUAUGAGGAGAUGAUGGCUCAAUAUGUAGCCGUUCUCAACAGGCAGUCUGCCAAGUGGUCCAAACUCCUGCAGGGGAAAGUCAACGUGGAAAAUAACCAGAAGGUGAAGCGGUACGUGCGUAAGGGUGUGCCCAACGAGCACCGAGCCCAGAUCUGGAUGGCAGCCAGCGGUGCCCAGGAACACCUGGAGAAGAACCCGGGGUACUACCACUCUCUGCUGGGCACCGAGCAGCAGCACGACGCCAAGCUGGAGGAGACAGUCCGCAUAGACAUGCACAGGACAUUCCCCGAAAACGUGCAGUUCCGGAAGAGCUCUGAGCCCUGUCUGCAGAAGGCCCUGUACAAUGUGCUGCUGGCAUACGGACACCACAACCAGGUUGUGGGAUACUGCCAGGGUAUGAAUUUCAUUGCAGGCUACCUCAUCAUCAUCACUAAGGAUGAAGAGAAGUCCUUCUGGCUGAUGGAUGCUUUAUUGGGAAGAAUACUCCCCGACUACUACAGCCCGGCCAUGCUGGGGUUGAAGACGGACCAGGAGGUGUUGGGGGAGCUGGUAAGGGUCAAAGCCCCAGCCGUGUGGCAGGCCAUGGUCCAACACAACGUCAUGUGGACCUUGGUGGUCUCCCAAUGGUUCAUCUGCCUCUACAUCGACGUCCUGCCUGUAGAGACAGUUCUGCGGAUCUGGGAUUGCCUGUUUUACGAGGGUUCUAAGAUCCUGUUCCGCGUGGCCUUAACUCUGAUUCGCCACCACCAGGCUGAGAUCCUGCAGGCCCGCUCCAUGGUCGAGGUGUGUGAGCGCUUCAAACUGAUCACCCAGGGAGCCUUUACAUACGACUGCCACACCUUCAUGCAGGAAAUCUUCAGGGAACCAGGAAGUCUCUCCAUGGCAACCAUCAAUAAGCUGCGGGAGACGUACAGAGAGCGUAUCGUGGCGGAGGAGACCAGACUCUGCCCCUGA